AUGCGAUUGGCUGUGGUCUUGGGGGUGGCACAGCCUGGGAGACAGGGCUGCCUGUCAGGCAUCAUUCAGGGCUUAAAUGCCCCACGAGGGCUUAACUGUCCCAAGAGCAGUAGCUCAAGGUAAGGGACAUUUAGCUUGCUCUCAUUCUAACUUAUAAACUGAUAAUGAGCUCCAAACACAAAUUAAAGCAUGAUGUUAGCAUAAAAUGUACCAUCCCUUAGUGUAGCGAUCAAUAAAAACGUAUGCGCGGAUCCACUGUGGGCUCUGCAACCUUAGCCAUACUGCCAAUCUAUCAUCAAUACUUCCACUCCUAUUUAUAGAGUUUAUCUCAUGAUUUCGACAAAACAACUUUUGUUAUUUCGGGAUCAUGAGAUAAAUAAAUUGUGAUCUUGACAUAAAGAGAGAAUUAUGUUUUUAUUCAUAUGUCCUCUCUGGACUUCCGUAUAUAUCAGUACACUCUUAACCACUUAAUCAUUACGAAACUUCUAUUCGAUCAAAUAAGAGACACCUAGCAAAUAAGACAUUCUAUUUUUUCAACACUCUCAUUGAUCUCCGUACAAAAACUCUGCGCUUGGUGAGAAAAGAAAAGAGGAAAAAACGCCACAUGCUGGAGAAGAUUUUGGGCCCAGUUAUCCAUCUCGCUUCGCCUCUUCCUCUCUGGCUAAAUUCAUUGAAAUCAAUUCAUUGAAGUCUUGUUGAAGGAGUUCCAGUCACAGUCCUCACUCCUGAUCCUAACCAGGGACGUGGUUUCAUCCUCACACAGCAGGGACUAUAACCUCCGCUGCCACAGAGGGUAGCCUAACCACACAUGGUCUAGUCUACAGAGUGUUGUUUUGAGAGUGUGUAGAGUAAGCAUCUCAUGUUGCAUGGCACACAUAGGCUUUUAGGCCUAGAAUGUGGUGAUGUCUGUCUUUCCUCUUCACAGGGGUGUCCGUUACCUCAGCAAGCCCUGUCCUCAGCGCUACGCCAUGAUCGGAGAGUUGUUGAGCAGAGAGGAGCAUGAUAUUGUCCUGCUGCAAGAGGUUGGUGCACACACACACACACACACACACACACACACACACACACACACACACACACACACACACACACACACACACACACACACACACACACACUGGUCUGUUGUGUUCAUAUUUUGGUGAGGGAGGUCCACUAUGUUACACCCCAUUCCACUAAUCUCACAGCUGCCUCCAAUGUCUGGGCAUUCUGCCAAAGCCGUAUUCAUACCAAAUACUGUAUACAUGUACAUACCACGUCCAUACCACGUCCGUACCACGUCUAAACCACAUCCAUACCACAAACUCACCCCAAAGCAAUCCCUUUCUAUUGAGCAAGCUUUUCAACACUUGCCUUGAUGUUAUUAAUCAUUAUUACAUUGAUGGAUGCUCAUCUCCUCCUUUUCAAAAACAAAACAAAUACUAGAACAUCAAUUGUUUUACCUUUUGCGGAUCCCAGCUCUAAGGCCUUACGUUAAUCAGAACCCAGCAUACACACAGUGAUCUCUGCUCUGCACUGUACACUGCAUUCUAAUCUCAACCACAAGAAACAUUACUAUUCAUUUGUGAGGCAAUUAUUUUGUAAUAGAAUGACCUCAAAGCAGGAAGAUUAGCUAGCUGUUUAUCUUUAUACUUGUUUGACCUCUAUACCAAGGCACCAGACUAAGAUUAGUUCAAAGGCCUUGCAUUUCUAAUCCGCUCAGUAAUUCACUAAAAGAGUGGAGCAAAUGUUAAAGUCAGCUGAUUUUAGUCAGUUCGUUCUUACAGUUUAUUCAGAAGUCUCAUACACUUUGCAGCGUAUUGACUAUAUCUGGACUGGUGUAGUUUGCAGUCUUAUCAUGUGUAGCAGUCUGCAGCUGUAAGACAUGAUAACACUAAUAGGGCUAGCCUAAACACUUUACUUGAACGGUACUUAUAUUAGGACAUUAUGAGUCAUACCCUAUUCAUAAGCAGUUCAUAGGUUUACAUCGGUUAUGAAUGUGUUAUAAAGUCCUUCUGUAGGUAGCCUACCCUUAAAGGUGCAAUAUGCAGACACGUCUUUUUCUCCCUCUUUCUCUCCAUCCAGUGGAGUCAUAGGCAGUGGACUGGCCAUGUUCUCCAGACAUAGAAUCCAUGGCGCAUUUCUCUGCCGCUAUUCAUUAAACGGCUAUCCAUACAUGGUAAGUCAUCUAGUCUUUAGACAUUUGUGUGGAUACAGGUUGAUGGUUGGAUCUUUGGUAGUUAGUCAGACAUUCUCUUUAGUCCUGGCUAUGUAUCCUGUCUUCUGAUUCCAGGUCCACCAUGCAGACUGGUUAGGAGGCAAAGCUGUGGGGAUGGUCAUAUUAAACAGAGGCAGACUGACAGCACACGUCUACGUCACACAUGUAUGUGUUGCUAUCCACACUGAUACUGAUAAUAUAUUAUUGAGAAGAGAAUUGUAUUGGAUUCACCAUUUGUGUACCAUGUCUCCUAGAGGUCUGAACCAAGAGUUUGAUAUCAGACCAUUUCUUACAUGAAUAUGUCACUUUGAUUGGUCUUGCCUUCCAGGUCACCUACUAGGUCAUUUUGUAAAUAUAUAGUAUUUUCUGGAACUACUACAUGUACCCAUCUCAUUGUUAUUAAAUUAAUAGAGAUACACAAAUUGUUUUUGCACCUACCAUGCGUCAUGUCUGCAAUGGUCAUGUGAGGUGAAAUGUGUAUAUUUUGGGAUGUGAGCACAGUCUGUUUGACCUGAUGAAGAUCCGUUUCGGAUCUAAACAUUGUCAAUAAAGCGGUGAAUUGGGAGCUUUAACAGUGUGCGGGCCUUCUUGUUCUAUACUAUUGAUAUCCACACUUCUCAUCAACACGUUGCCUAUAGACACUGAUCCCAGAUCAGUUUAGUUAAUUUCUCCAUAAUGGUUAGGGUUAGGAUUUUAGGGAGUUUGCUGAUCCUAGAUCUGUGACUAAGGGCAGCCUCUACCUGGAGCCUUCACAUGUACUGUAUAUGAGAUGUAUCUAUCACUGAUGUGGUCACAUACACAUAUUUAGCAGAUGUUAUUGCGGGUGUAGCGAAAUGCUUGUGUUCCUAGCUCCAACAGUGCAGUAGUAUCUAACAAUUCACAACAAUACACACAAAUCUAAAAGUAAAAUAAUGGAAUUAAGAAAUAUAUAAAUAUUAGGACGAGCAAUGUCGGUGUGGCAUUGACUAAAAUACAGUAGAAUAGAAUACAGUAUAUACAUAUGAAAUGAGUAAAGCAGUAUAUAAACAUUAUGAAAGUGACCGGUGAUUCCAUGUCAAGGUGCAGGGUUGAGUAAUUGGAGGGAGAAGGACUCCUACCUACCUCAUAGAGUGGGACAGGCAUGGGAGCUGCAGCAGUGUAUAUGGUAAGGAGCCUAAAACUCAAUGCACACAGCCUCUCUUGACAUUUUAAUUUCAAUGUAAUUUUAACGGGUGUUGUUUUGAUUUAUUGUGUUAGUCAUACCUCCAGUGGAGAAGACCUGGGGAUUUUUGGCGGAGAUCUGAACAUGCAUCCCCAGGACCUUGGCAACCGGUUGCAUCUGGGACAGUUAUACAGAGACUGCUCAGUUUGAUGUAUGAUAAUCACAUUAAUGAUGUCCAGUGUUGUUCUUUUUUUAUUUGAAAUGUACAGUAACUGAAAUAUCUUGUAGGAGAGGUGAAUAAGGAAUGAUAUUUGUAUGAAUUGUGGACAUGCUUCUAAUACUUAUUAUAAUGUUAUGUUAGAAUGAAAAGCUGUUAAUGAUCCUUUCUCUGUAGUGCUGUGAGGACGUCAUCACUCUUGUAGCAGAUAACCCUUUCAUCAAUCCCAAAGAGCUCUGUCCCUUUGAGAAGGACAUCCAAAUAGACUGCAUCCUCUACAAGGUGACAGAGUGAGAAGGAUAGUUGGAUAUCCGGCUUUUGUUUUAAUUUGUAACUAACUUUCAUAUUUGACUAACAGUCUGCCAAUGUGUACUGAACAAUAAAUGUGCCUACAUUUCACAAAAUAAAAUAGACAUUGAUCAUUGAAUUGAUGGUAAAUCUUGUACACUAAAAAGUGUGUUGUAUCAUUCCCAGGGGUCAAGUAGAGUGUCUAUCCAGUGUAAGUCUCUGUCCACCACCAAAGGUUCUGUCCCUGACCAUCCCCUCCCUUACUCUGACCACGAGACACUGAGCACUGAGCUGCAGCUGCAGACCCUGAUGCAGACGCUGCAGGCUGGAGGGGACGACACAGGGGAGAGCAGGACUUUGCUGCAGGUACUCAUUCUAAGUCCAGAUGUGGUCCAUUACGAUUUGAUAUGCAACUUUUAGUAUUUGUUUAAUAUUGUUAUUUUGAUUCUAACAGCUUCAAGAUAAUCGAUAUUCACCACACUACAUUCUCUAUGGACAACAUACCAUUCCAGUUACAAUGUUAGGUACUAGGAUUGGAUUUUCUCUUUGUCCUUCGUAAGCUGAGCUAGUGGACAUAGUGACAGAGGCCCGUACUGUGCUGUGCACUGUGCUGACAGAAUGCGUUACACGGCAACCCGUACAGGGAUGAUGGGUGUCACGUUCGUUAGAGUGAGUAGACCAAGGCGCAGCGUUGAAAGCGAACAUACUUUAUUAAUCGAAUGAUAACACGAACAGCGAAACAAAACAACAAACGAUACGUGACAUCCAAAGGACAAACCUAACUAGGAACAAACCAACUGGAAACAAGAUCCCACAACUAUUGUGGGAAAACAGCCUCUAUAAAUAUGGCUCCCAAUCAGAGACAACCAGCAACAGCUGACACUCGUUGCCUCUGAUUGGGAACCACUCUGGCCAACACAGAAAUACAAAACAUAGAAUAUCCACACCCUGGCUCAACAUAUAGAGUCCCCAGAGCCAGGGUGUGACAGUACCCCCCCCUAAAGGCGCGGACUGCGACCGUGCCUAAACAUCAACAAACCAGGGGAGGGCUGGGUGGGCAUUCCUCCUCGGAGGCGGUUCCGGCUCCGGGCUUGACCACCACCCUUCAACCAUCCCCCCGUGGCGCCCCUGGUCCGGUCUGGCCCCGCUGGCUGGAGCUGGACUGGACAUAGUAGAAGCGGAUUGCUUAGGCUCCGGUGUGGAGCCGCUGACCGGUACCUGACCAGGCACCGGUGUCCCAGGCACGGGUUGUGCCGGACUGACGACGCACACCCCUGGCCUGGUGCGUGGAGCAGCUACGGGCCGGACCGGGCUGACGAUGCGCACCCCUGGCUUGGUGCGUGGAGCAGGAACGGGCCGGACCGGGCUGACGAUGCGCACCCCAGGCUUGGUGCAUGGAGCAGGAACGGGCCGGACCGGGCUGGCGACGCACACCGUAGGCUUGGUGCGAAGGGCAGGAACAGGCCGGGCCGGGCUGGCGACGCGCACCGUAGGCUUGGUGCGGGGAGCAGGAACAGGCCGGGCCGGGCUGGCGACGCACACCGUAGGCUUGGUGCGAGUGGCAGGAACAGGCCGGGCCGGGCUGGCGACGCACACCGUAGGCUUGGUGCGAGUGGCAGGAACAGGCCGGGCCGGGCUGGCGACGCACACCGUAGGCUUGGUGCGAGGGGCAGGAACAGGCCGGGCCGGGCUGGCGACGCACACCGUAGGCUUGGUGCGAGUGGCAGGAACAGGCCGGGCCGGGCUGGCGACGCACACCGUAGGCUUGGUGCGAGGAGUAGGAACAGGCCGGGCCGGGCUGGCGACGCACACCGUAGGCUUGGUGCGAGGAACAGGAACAGGCCGGACCGUACUGGGAACACACACCACUGGCCUUAAACGGGGAUCAGGAACGGGCCGGACCGGACUGGCAAUACACCUCAGUACCUCUCGCCGUGCCUCUACAACUUCCUUCCCUCCUCUCACCAAUGGCUCCCGUAACCCGGUGGCCUUCUCUCCUCGUCUCCCAUUUCGCCCUGUGGCAGCCUCCUGCUGCCCAGUCGCCCAUGCCGUGUGCCCCCCCCCUAAAAAUUUUCUGGGGUUGCCUCUCGUCCGUCCGACGACGACACUGUUGACGCCGUUGCUCCUCUCUCGCCAGGGCCUUAAUCUUAGCCCAUGGCCCCUUGCCCCCAAGCAUGUCCUCCCAGGACCACGAUUUGCCCACCUGGGCCAUCGCCAACCUUUCCAGCUCCUUUCCCGGCGCUUCCUCCCAUGUCCAGGCCGCCUGCUCCUGGACACGCUGCUUGGUCCUGGUAUGGUGGGAUCUUCUGUCACGUUCGUUAGAGUGAGUAGACCAAGGCGCAGCGUUGAAAGCGAACAUACUUUACUAAUCAAAUGAUAACACGAACAGCGAAACAAAACAACAAACGAUACGUGACAUCCAAAGGACAAACCUAACUAGGAACAAUCCAACUGGAAACAAGAUCCCACAACUAUUGUGGGAAAACAGCCUCUAUAAAUAUGGCUCCCAAUCAGAGACAACCAGCAACAGCUGACACUCGUUGCCUCUGAUUGGGAACCACUCUGGCCAACACAGAAAUACAAAACAUAGAAUAUCCACACCCUGGCUCAACAUAUAGAGUCCCCAGAGCCAGGGUGUGACAAUGGGUCAGGCCCUGCUGCUGUUGGAGCUGGCCAUCGCUGCUGUCCACUGGCUGGCCUUGGGAGCCAACCAGCCCUUCCCCCAGGUCUCCUUCUACCUGCUGGGGGCAUUGUUCUUCGCCAUCCUGCUCAUCACCUUCCUACUCUACUACUUCCACACCAUGGAGGUUGAGACUCUGCAGGCAGCUGAGGACCAGAUGAGGCUGGCA